AUGAAGUACACUCGCAGCGCAGGCGCACUGCUGGCGGUGGCAGCCGGUACGGUCGUCACCGCAGACUCCAACUGUUAUGAAGAGAAGGGCAAUUGGUAUUGCUCCCAAGUUGACGCCAUCUCGUACUCAAACUUUGGCACUGCCGGUCAGUACCAGAAGGUUACAGAGAUGGGGAGGACAGGACUCUGCGAUUUUGCGGCCAGGCCGUAUCAAGGAGGCAUGGCUCCCAUGGACGAAGAGGUUUCGUGGCAUUUUCGAGGACCCAUCCGUCUGAAGCAGUUCGCAUUCUAUACGCCUGGAUCAAGCGAAACGAAGCGAUCAAUACAUCCGUCGCGACAUCGGCGCCGUUAUGGUCAUCAUCACCUGCACCGUCGUGAUCAUGAGGCUAGAGAUGUCGAGGAGGAGCAUGUCGAAGAGAAACGCGGAGUCGGUGACUGGGUCACUGCAGUCAUCAAUGGGCAGACUGUUUCGUGGAUUAAUGAAUGGUCAGGAGUUGCUGCGACUUCGGCUCCGACUGCUGACACUCCGUCGCCCACUACUACGACUGCAACUGCUCCAGCUUCCGCAGCCGACGACUGGGUCACGGCAGUCAUUAACGGUCAGACUGUUUCCUGGAUUAAUGAGUGGUCAGGAGUUGCUGCGACCUCGGCUCCGGCUGCAGACACUCCGUCGGCCAGUUCUCCAGCUGCGACCUUUUUGGCUGCCGCAUCUUCGGCUGCCGCCUCUUCAGUUGCCGCCUCUUCAGCUGCCACAUAUCGUGUGGCUGCAGCCGCGCCAGCUGCGAGUAUGAAUGCUGGCACGGGAGAAUGGGGCAGACAAGCCUACUACAAUGCUGAGCAGGGCGUAGCGGACGGUCUCGUCUUCCUCAACCAUCAUGGCGGCCAAGGAUCCGGGGUCUUUGACACUGUCUGGGGCAUGUCGCUUUCCUAUGCCUCUGCCGACAACAGCGCAGGAUCGGCGUCACCCGUCCCGCUGGCAGAUACAUUGAUCCCCGACAACAGCGAGUUUUUGAUCAUGACCGACAAACCAUGUUCGAACGGUGAUUGUGGUACAGUCAGGGACGGCACAGUGGCUUACCACGGGUUCGAUGGCAAUUCCAAGCUCUUCCUUCUUGAAUUCAGCAUGCCACUGUCCGGGAGCACUGGUUUCAAUGCGGAUAUGCCAGCCGCCUGGAUCCUCAACGCAGAGGUCCCCCGAACCAUACAGUAUGGCAGUUGCUCGUGCUGGCAGUCUGGAUGCGGCGAGUUUGACAUCUUCGAAGUCUUGGAUUCUGGCAAUCAAAAGUGCAAAUCAACCUGGCACGGUGCUCACUCGCUCGGCGACUCCAACUGGUUCCAACGACCUGUUAACGAGACCAAGAAAGCUGCGGUCGUCUUUGAUGGAAGCGCCAGCACUGCCCAUAUCAUGUGGUUGCCGGACGAGACAAACUUUGACACCAGCAUGUCUCAGUCGACAGUGGCGGCAUUCUUAAAGUCGAUAUCAGACCCCAACCUGAGCAUCAAGGUGGCGUUGGCGAGUUGA